GAGAGAGCGCGCACAUUCAUAAAUUCCUCCUCCAAUGCUGGAUCUUCUCUGCGGCACCGCCAGACCCCCGGACUCCCGCCAGGACGCCCCUCCGGAGCUCCCCGGAUGAAGGACGCGCCUGUCGGAGCGCCUCGCGCGGAUCCAACAAGUGGACACCCGCGUUCUUCCGCCUCUCCGGGACCGAGCCGCGGAUUCUAUGACUGAAUGGUUCUGGGUCACAUCUGAGGAUGGGUUUGCGGCGGGGAUGAUGCGCAGUCGCACCUUGGCAGAGCCGAGAUCCAAGCUCGCAGACCGAGACGAGAGGUAGGACACUUCCCGCGCUCCCGCUUCCUCCUGGGUUCCACUCACCAGCCCCGCUUCACCCCACCCGCCCCCCUCACUCCCACCUGCUCCCCCAUGGACUCGCUGGUCGGGGGAAGUUGGGAUCAUCUGUGUCGAUCUUCUGCAUGACGGAGGCUCAGGUGAGAGCCAGAGGUCCCCGCAGCAGCCAUGCCGAUGCACCCCAUCACCUCCACCCUGAUGUACCGGGGGAUGUGCACCAUCCCCGACAUCCUCUCCUACAGCGCCCCGGUCAACCUGCCGGAAGACGAGGUGGAAGAAAUCCGUGAGGCGUUCAAGGUGUUCGACCGUGACGGGAACGGCUUCAUCUCGAAGCAGGAGCUGGGGAUGGCCAUGCGCUCGCUGGGCUACAUGCCAAACGAGGUGGAGCUGGAGGUCAUCAUCCAGAGGCUGGACAUGGACGGCGACGGCCAGGUGGACUUUGAGGAGUUUGUCACUCUGCUGGGGCCCAAGCUGACGGCGGCGGGUCUGCCAGACAAGUUCCACGGCACCGACUUCGACUCCGUGUUCUGGAAGUGUGACAUGCAGAAGCUGACAGUGGAGGAGCUGAAGCGCCUUCUCUACGACACCUUCUGCGACCACUUGUCCAUGAAAGACAUCGAGAACAUCAUCAUGACGGAGGAGAACCACAUAGAGAACCCCGAGGACUGUCAGGUGGACAUCGACAGUUCCAGUCCGACGCAGCAAGUCAAACAGACCUGCGUACGCAAGAGUCUCAUCUGCGCCUUUGCCAUCGCGUUCAUCAUCAGCGUCAUGCUCAUCGCGGCUAACCAGGUGCUGCGCAGCGGCAUGAAGUAGGAGCAGGUGACAGCAGCAUGGACUUACGUGUCAGACUGUGAAACCAUCAGGAGGGGGCGCCCUGCCUGACAGUGCGUGUUAGCUGGGUGUGUGUCAGCAGAAUGUGUUGUUUCGUCCGGUGUUCCAUAAAGUUAUCGUAGCAGGUGUUGGAGGGACAGAAUGGUUUUCCCGGUCCAGCAACUCUUCGCAGGACUUGCUGGCACGACUCCGACGUCGGACCAUCUAUGCAUGAUGUGCAUGGAUCCUCAAAAACUCUCGGUUCGUUUGUAAGUAGAAUCAUUGUUCUGGUGACUUCAAGGCCAAACUGUGAGCAGCCACAGAAGCUGCGUGAAGGGCUGUCGGCACGUCGCCCGCCCCUCAGACUCUCUCGCUGCCGCCACCUGUCUGUCGGAAAAUGCUUCCCUCUAUAGCGGAGAUUUCCUGUUUGAGCUUCGCAGCAAUAAGCUUUCAAAUCUACAACCCCACUUUGUCGAUCUGCUGUUUUACUUCCUGCUGAGAGUGCGAUUACAUUACGACCACUCACUGGAGAGUUGACUCAGAUUGAAAUUGAUCAAGUCGCGUUUCAUCGUAGUUUCGUCGUGAGCUCCUUUGUGUGUGUCUGUGCUCAAUAAUACAAGUCGUCAACAACGGUCAAGUUACUUUCCAGACAUGAGUCGCUCAAUGGCAACCUCCAGAAUCUUUUACAGAGUUUCUGACUGGCACGAAGGAACUAAAACACAAACCUCUAAACAAUACACCUUUGACCAUUUAGAGCCCCAAACCUUUUAUACGCUCACAACAGAAGCACCUUUCCUGGCAGUUCUGACCAGCAGCAGAGUGGACGUGUGAGGAACUAAAUUAUGAACCAAAAAGGUUGAAAACUUGGCAAUAACACAUCGACAUCUGUCGUCCCUUGCAUCAGGUGAGGUGGACCUUGUGCCGAUGUGGGUUUUCUGUUCGCUGGUUUUUAAUUUCUGCCAGCUUCAGUCAUGGAGCCUGUCGUGCACUAAAAUGUGGCCCUGGCUGCGGUUAUCUGACAAAGAUUAUAUGCUGAAUAAGGCAUUUGUCUCUUCACACGGAGAAAUUUGAAGCUAAUGUAAUAAGCAAUGGGAGUUGUGGGGGGUUGCCUGAGGUCAUAGUGACCCCUGACAGCCCUCGUACUUGACAGUCCAUCGCUGGCUUGAAAGACACUCCUGCUCAGUUGGUUCCAAAAUAUGCCUCAGUCGAAUGAGGCACAGACACCCACCAAAACUGUGACUCCAGUUCAGUGGAGAUUCCCCCAAGGGACACUCUGCAAAAAAAAUCAUCCAGGUGCACCAGGUCGAAUCUUUUGAGUCAGUUUUAAGCCCCAUAUGUGUCGAUUGGUAACCUGGCAAUAGUGAACCCAGACACCCCCCAACGCUGUACUCAGGCUUUGAGUGAGAAGGGCUCUCAGAAGGACUGACCUCAGUCGUGGUGAGACCUUCUGUGGGAGCCCAACUUUCCAUCAUCACAGAAUCACCCGGGCCUCUGAGGGAACUUUAAAGAAUAUGUAUCUUGAGAUCAUUUCUUGUGGUGGAUCCGGAGACCAAAGGCAAGGUAUGCCAUGCCUGGAACACCCAGCUAAUGGCCUCCAGUGUUGGGGCCGCCCUUGCCAUCCGCCUCUAGGGAAUUAAACACCUGCUGGUAUUCCAGCAUUAAUUCUUCUUCUUCUUCGAUUGUUUUGGUGGGGCAUGAGAUUCCAGGGAUUACGCUCACCUCAGGCUGCUCACAGGCCUGAUGGUCCUUUACCAGCCAAGGAGAAACUCACCAUCCUGCGCUGUAAGCCUCAAACAGAAAUGCCAGAAUUGCAAUAUCACUGUGACCCAUAUGACAGUCUCAGCAGGAACAUUCUCCAAGUGCAUGUUGCAAAUUGUAGCCUGAGGCACCUGGAGGUCCCUGAAGUCCCAACUAUCACUUGGAUCAAGGAAAACCCAGGUGAGAAGAUAUGAAAACCCCAGAGGACCGAGGGUUCUUCGGUGGCUGUUCCCAGCAGCAGGUGCCAUCAUUAGCUGGAAAGCCUCAGCUCCACUACAGGCCGUAGUUUUAGGACGCUGCGGCUGGGCUGCUGAAAGAAAACCCAGAGAGCCUUCAUGGGUCGUGAGGCUCACCCAGGCAAGCCCUGGCUCAGUUCACCUCUCCUCCGUAUGAAAACAAAACAUGGCCUCAAAAAGUGAGAAGACGCACACAGCUCGCUCACGAGUCGCCAGGAGGGGGCACCAUCUUUUACUUUUUUGCACUUUACCACGUGCUACUGAGGCACAACAACAACUCACCGCCAGGAUUGUUCCGUCUGACAGAGAAUCAAUGUAUUUAUCAUAGACGUCUAUUUUUGUGACUUGAAGUGGUUCUCAUUAUUUUCCUGUCAGUGACCUGAACAGGAGCUUUGAUUUGUUGCCUUAUUCUUUCUGAUACGUUGUGAACGCGCAAUAAUCGGAGCGUGGUGUACAAAAAAAAAAGCUGUAUUUAUUUUCACGGAUGAAGUCCAGACUCUUCAGUGUAAUGUACCUAGACACGUGUAGAGGUGUUACUAGAGCAGGUGUUGUCCAUCCAGCCCACGUGGUUGUGUGUCUGUGGAUCACAAAUAAACCCUCAGAGCCACUGCUGCUGUUCAAUUGUCCUCCGCCACAAAGCGCUUAGAUCUCACUGGUGGAAUGACAGGAUCAUGGUCGCGCUAUUUAUUCCACAACUCGGCAUGUCAGA